GAUCUUUUCUGCGCUUCACACUGGAUAUAAAGGCUCCUACAUUACCCGAAUUACCAGCCUCUCUUUCUCCAAUUUCAUCCACUCGACAUGUCCCCGAAUUUCUAUACUUCUCUCAGCGAGAAGCGACCGGUGGCGAUCGUUGGCAUCGCUGCCCAGCUUCCCAGUGGAACACAUGCACAACAUGAUCUUGACUACAAGCAGUUCGUCGAAUUUCUCCUCAACAAGGGGGAGGCAUACGAAGAACUCCCUCGCGAACGAUCAAACUCAACGUGUUGGUCGGAGGAUGCCUCGAGCCGCAAUACUUCCCCGCAUGGCUCAUUCUUGAAGGAUACUGGAUCCUUCGAUCAUGUUGAAUUCGGAAUCUCUAAUGAAGAAGCACGGAAUAUGGCACUCAGCACGAAGAAGCUUCUUGAAUUGUCGUUCUUGUCCCUGAUUGAUGCUGGGAUCAAUUACCGGGGCCAGAACGUGGGCUGGUACGCUUCAGGCACAGCACAUGACGUAUUAAGCGUCGCGGAGCUGGACGAUCAAGAAGGAAAGAGUGCCUUUGCGAGCAUCCCAUGCCUCGCAGACGAGAUUUCCCGGCAUCUCGAUCUUCGUGGGCCAUGUGUGCCGAUUGACGCGACAUGCAAUUCAAGCUUGACGGCCUUGCACUUGGCCGUUCAGGCGAUCCGUGCUGGGGAAUGCGACGCCGCCGUGGUUGCCGGAUGUCAUCUCGUUCGGUUUAGCAAUUUCGCUCAGCAGCUUUCUGACUCGGCAUCAGCUCGGGAGUGUGCAUCCAGGCUGUUCGAUGCCGCGGACGGGCUCGCCAUUGGCGAAGGCGCCAUCGCUGUCGUCCUGAAACCAUAUGACGCAGCAAUUCGUGAUGGUGACCACAUCUAUGGCAAUAUUCUUGGGACAGGUAUCAAUGCGUCUGGUGCGGUAACACCCGUUAGCCACCCGGGCUCUGACAUGCGUGUGGAUGCGAUGCAUCGGGCAUACCUUGGCAUUGAUUCCGAACCGAAUGAUGUCGACUAUAUUGAGAUUCACGGAGUUGGCGCUUUUGCAGACGACAGCUGGAUUUCCCAGAAUUUUGGGCGCGACAGAGAAGUGCUGAUUGGCAGCGUGGCAGGCAACAUGGGGCAUCUUGGCAACGUCUCUUUCCUUGUAUCCUUAUGCAAAGCCUGUUCGAUGUUCGAGACCGGAGUCAUCCCACCCAGUGUCAACUUCCCGAAUGGUGCCUGGGACAAGUGCAACUUGCGCGUCCCGCUAGAGCCAACACAUAUUAAGGCACGUUCUCCUUCAGGGAAGGUUACCAUCUCGAUAUCGAGUUCCGGCGUGGGCGGAACAAACGGUCAUGUCGUCAUGCAGGGCAUCUUGCCUCAGGGUGUUGAUCAAAUGGACGUCCAAGAGGCUGUUCACUCUACUCUGCUCGUUGCAGGAGGCCUCACACCGCGCUCUGCAAGCGCCGUCGCUGCUAAUCUGGAUUGUCUCUCCGAUGCGUUCGCGGAUCAGCUAGCAGCACUCUCGACGAUCUGCGGUCGUCGUGUAAGGCAGAUGACUUGGCGGUCGUAUGCUGUCACUCAUCCAGGGCAGAAGAUUCCCCGUUUCUCCUCGCCCGUGUUUGUGCCGCAUGUAAGGCAACCCAUGGUCUUCGUCUUCCCUGGGCAAGGGCCUCAGCACAUAAACAUGGGCCGGCAAUUAUUCCACAGGUACACGGUCUUCCGCGACACGAUCCUUGAAUUGGACGCAUGUUACCGAGAUGCGACUGGAAUGUCUCUUAUCCAGCAGGUUGGUCUGUUCGAUGAUGUCCACCCCCUGCAGGUGCUUCCUGCGAUCUGGCCUUCGUCGAUCAUCUUCCCCGCUAUGGCGAUGAUCCAGAUCGCGCUGUACGAUCUUCUUCGCAGUCUUGGUCUGCGCGCAGAUGUAUUUGUCGGGCAUUCCGCGGGAGAGACUCCGAUGCUCUAUGCGUCGGGUGCUGGCCCCAAGCGCAUGGCUAUGGAGAUCGCGAUUGCACAAGGUCAGGCUUUGUCUGCGGUUGAGAAGGCCGGCGGGGCGAUGGCGGCACUGAGUUGUGAUGCUGCACAAGCUCGCUCCAUCAUCCACCUUGUGCGCCCGACAGGAGAGCGGGGCAUCCUGGAUAUCGCGAGCUACAACGCUUCGGGUGCAGUUGCGAUCUCUGGGCAUGAGUACCUUGUCGACAGAGCCGUCGAGAUUGCUGCGUCUCGUGGGAUCUCCGCCCGGAAGCUGGCCACUCGCGUCGCUGUGCACUCGGGUCUCAUGGAUCUGUGCCAAGCAGAGUACUUCUCUCGCAUUAAGGAGAUCUUCGCCCGGUACCCUGGAGAACACAAGCCGCAGGUUACAACCUACUCCACUGCCACUGGUGCGCUUCUCGAAGGGUUUACUGCCAACUACUUCUGGCACAAUUUCCGGGACCCCGUCCACUUCGCCCAGGCGUUCGAAGCCAUUUGCCAAACAUGUCCUCAUGCAUCCUUUGUCGAAGUCAGCCCUCAUCCCGUCCUAUCGACGUACAUGCAGGAGAUGGGCGCGCAGCCGUCCUCCGUGGUGUGUCCCAUGUCUCGCUCAAAGAAGUACGAAGACUUCCAGGAGGAAAGACAGUUUUUGAGCUGCCUCGGGAAGAUCGUUGCGAUGGGCUAUAACUCUGUCGACUUCCAUAUCCUGAACGGCCAAGACACCAUCUCUCACUCUAUCGAAUUGCCACCUUAUCCAUUUGGUAAACGCCAGCUCGGAUCCCCACCUCCUUCGCCACCUCCAGACAGUCCACGCGAUGCCCUUCGCGCCACCGUACUGCACAGUUUGGAUAUCGAUCCCUCUAGUUUCUCUGACGACGCACCCCUCUCUUCAUACGGACUUGACUCUCUAGCAGCGGGACGGCUUGCAUUCGCUCUUCGGCCAUUCGUGACGCUCGCAUCGGCUGACUUGCUCGAAAAGGUCAGCUUGUUGGACCUCGAACGUCGCCUCGAAGAAAAGCAGACCGGCAGCGAAGCUACGGAGAAGGUCGCACCGUCAAUCACAUACUUCCAGUGGGAUGAGGUGCACAAGUCGGGACAAACAGUUUUGAAGCUCGUGGACAAUGGCGAAACGCCCUUGAUCGUGCUUCAUGGCGCCAGUGGAAGCGCUCUGCCGUUCAUAUCGAUUCAAGAAAAGUUCACGACAUCCCUCUGGGCACUGCAGACCACGCCAGAGACACCGAAAUAUCCAUUCACCGCAUUCUGUCGCUUCUACUAUGAACAGAUCAAGGCCGCACAACCUCAAGGGCCGUACCGUCUCGGCGCAUUCUGCGCGAGCACGCUCAUGACGAGUGUAAUCGCAAAGAUGUUGGAGGAUAACGGAGACGAGGUCGUACAGCUGUGCUAUAUCGAUCAUUUCCCUUUGCUCUGGCUUUCACCUCUGAUUCAGCCCGACGAUGAGGCGAUGCAGCUGCGGAAAGCUGGGCCGUCUCUCAUACAACGCCUCCUCGACUCGAUGCUUGCAUUGUACCGAGCUGAUCCGUCGCCAGCGCGGCACCGCGCUGCGCAGGACUGGGAGAACGCGGCGAACGGUUUGGAGGCACCUGCGCACGUACUCGACUGGUGGGAGACGUUCAACAACUUGCACGUCGGCAUUUAUGAGUUCUUCUUCGAGCUCCUUCCUCCUGAACAAGCUCCGACGCUUUCUGCAUUGCAGGAGGCUCUGUGCCAGUGGAUGGCAUCGAUCAAGGCGCCGAAGACGAUCUACGUUGCACAAAAGGGUUACCUCGCAUUCAUUCCUGAGACUGGGAAGGCUGGCUGGGAGCAGUACGGGAUCGAACGCGUCGCUCCUGACGCCAAAAUCAUCACGGUGACCGGCGGACACUUCAAUGUCUUAGACGAUGCUGCGUUCAUCCAGACCGUGCAGACAGAAUGGUCUCGGCGAUAGAUAGAUGCCUGUGUGUCGGACUCCGUAAGUAACGAAAUUGUAGAUUUCCCUUCAUAGCGUGUGUAAUUCAAAUGUACCUGUAUCACAUCUGCUUAGCUGGAAUCAUGUAAGAUUCUCGAUACCAAUUUAGACUUCGGAACGCAA